CUACAAGUACCUGGCCCUGUUAUGUCGACCCUGGUCUGUACGCGAUACGGUGGUGAGCCUGUAGUAGCAUUAUUGUUUGAACUACAAUAGAAUUCAAAAUGAAAUGAAAUUUCAGAAUGGAAUUGACUUUGUCAGCUACAGCUAUUGCAAGAUUCCUCUAGCUCUGUAACUAAUGUACCUUACUUUCUUCUUCAGGUUCGUACAUGUUAUUAUCAUGUGUCAGCUGACAGGCUCAAGCAGUAACCAAUUUCGAAAUAGUCCUUUGAAACUGUAAGACAUUGACAAUAGUCGAUAGUGUUCCAACACUUCUAGAAUUCAGUGGUGAAAACGUCUGCAUUGUCUACGUGCCUGGCGUGCAAGAGGUGGUGCACGCUGUGAAGCAAGCAUGUCAUCAGCCAGGGAAGACCUGAAGACGAAUGUUUCCCAUACAGUUCCCUUGCAGUGCCCGAUAUGCCUGGAUCAGGUGAAAACGCCGAUGAUCUGUCCAAACCAGCAUAUAUUCUGCAAACAGUGCAUCGUAUCCUGGCUCAAGUCACAUCCUGUAUGUCCAACAUGCCGCGUGCCACUUACUGAGGCCACGUGCUUGCCGAUACGAGGUGGCGACGCAACUCCGGAGUCUCUUAAGGACGACCAGCAGACGCGUAUUGAACUGCUCCACGCACGCAGCAAGGUACUCGCCAAAGGCUAUAAGAAAGAAACCAAGGCCCUGUGCCGUGAGGUGGACCAGCUGCGCAAGCAGGUGUCCCUGCUGCAGAACGGCCUGGUGACUCGUGUGUCUCUGAUGGAGGACGCCGUCACCAGUCUUCUGCCGCCAGUGUCAACGUCAUCAUCGUCCAGUGCUGAGGCUGCUCCAACGCCGGUGUCAAACCAAUCAGAGAGCAUUGCAUCGCCACGGCAACAGCAACAGCAGCCAUGCGCACAGUGCAAGGAGAUCAUUGCCCGCUAUUCCAAAACCUGCUCUACACUGCAAGCGACCGUUUCCGAAAUGCGAAAGAGCGAGCAGAAAACAGAUUGCGAGAGGACGAUAAUGUCGCAGGAAAUCCGCCGCCUGCGCCAAGAGCUGGUGACGUCGUCGCCAAAGAAGCCCAACCGGUACGCUGCGGCCGCCGAAGAGAGUCGCACGGCCUCGCUGGAGCGUGAGGUCAGCCAGCUGAAGCGUGCCUUGGAGAGAAGCGACCGCUGCAUCGACGAUCUACGCCAGCAACUAGCCACCUCCGCGUCGUCGUCAUCAUCACCGUCGUCAAUGGCAAGGCACAUGCCACCGAGGGUUGCCACAGUAACUAAUAGUUCUGGUUCUGCCGUGGCAACGAAGGCUAUUCCCACGCCGGCCACUCCGCCGGCCACUCCACGCAAGCGUCGUGCCGAAACGCAGUCACACGAGAGCAGAGGUCUCUCUGUAGGCAUGGCGGCAGGCGCUCUGGCGCGUAGCAGCUGUGCAGCAUUGCCAUGGAAGCCUCUGAAGCUGGACUUUUCUGGAAAGGAUGAGACAGUUGAUUAUUCGCCGGUCUUGUCUGUUAGGACAUUGUGUGAUGGAAGCUCUUCGGGUUCUCCUUGUCUGAAUCCUGCUGUGGCGAAUAGCCCUGCUUCCAGCGCAGCGCUAAUGAUGCCACCUGCUUUGCCGCCGGCUGCGGGCUCUAAUCUUACUAAUGAAUGUACUGAUAACAUUGCGUUGUGGCCAGGGACGGCUGGGUUAUCCGCACAGGCAGCCUUGGGGACGGCUGGGAUAUCCACACAGGCAGCCUUGGGCACCGCGGCGCAAUCAACAACUCUUUCGCUGGCCGCAGCCAUGGACAUUGCACCGCAGCCAGCAACGGCCGGAGUAGCCACAAUAACGGGCUUUGCACCGCGGCCAGCAACAGCUGUGAACACUACGGCAGGAUUAUCAACAGCUGUGAACACUACGGCACGACCAACGACUCUUACAUUGGCUGCAGCACGACCUGCCACAGCUGGAUUAUCAACAGCUCACAAUAUUGCAGCACAUCAAGCAAUGGCUGGACUAUCAACAGCUAUGAGCAUUGCAACGCGACCAGCAACGGCUGGACUAUCAACAGCUAUGGGCAUUGCAACGCGACCAGCAACGGCUGGACUAUCAACAGCUAUGAGCGUUUCAGCACAAUCAGCAGCACCACACCUGGUAGCGGCUUCGCGAACAGGACUCGAGGCGCGAUGGGCGCCAAUCCACAACUCAGCCGCAAUGGUGACACCAUCUUUCACUGUCGGUAGACAAGAAGGAGCCAGCUACCCUACCAACCACCCUGUCUCGAUGCUUGAAGGAGCCAGCUACCCUACCAACCACCCUGUCUCGAUGCUUGAAGGAGCCAGCUACCCUCCAAACCACCCUGCCUCGAUGCUUGAAGGAGCCAGCUGCCCUCCAAACCACCCUGCCUCGAUGCUUGAAGGAGCCAGCUGCCCUCCAAACCACCCUGCCUCGAUGCUUGAAGGAGUUGGCUGCCCUCCAAACCACCCUGCAUCGAUGCUUGAUGGAGUUGGCUGCCCUCCAAACCACCCUGCCUCGAUGCUGGUAGGAGCUAGCUGUCCUCCAAACCACCCUGCCUCGAUGCUGGAAGGAGCUAGCUGUCCUCCAAAUCACCAUGUCUCGACUGUUGAUGACUGGGCUGGACCAUGGUAUUUUAGUCAGCAACAAUAAUCCUUCAAAACUGGAUUUUAGUUCUGUUUGUUUAGAUUAACUGUGUGUACUGGCACCGUGGACGCUUAGCAUGGUUAUUGAGAAGAUGUUGUUUUUGCUGUCUUUUAGUCUCGCAAUUGUGUAACGGUAUAAGUACGAGUGACUACACCACCGUACUUGUGCCGCGCUCUGCCCUCGUCAUGCUGCAACCCUAGCAUGUUCCCCGGUCCAUUCUCUCUGACAGUGAAUCUCUCCUUCCGCUUCCUGUCUUGUUCUUGUCACCGUCGCCAUUUUUGUUGUUGUUGUUUUGUUUUUAAUGUGUCCAGGCCUCCUUUACGGGCAAAAUAAACACAAUGAAAAGCCCCGCUGAUUUGCCACUGCUCCACUAACUCCCACAUCUCACGACAUCCUUGUCUCACUACAUCCUUGUCUCACGCCAUCCUUGUCUUUUAUCCGUAUGUGUUACUCCCGCCUGGCUAUUGCAAAUCACUUUCUGUCUGGCGUAUCACACUUCACAGCUCGUACUUGUACAUAUGUAUGAUACUGUACGACAUCUGUACUGUACUAUAUUCUGUACUGUACGACAUCUGUACUGUACUGCAUAUGCUGCACUGUAUGUGGUAGUUUAAGUUAACUCAUUGCAAGCACCGGUUGUGCGUGUCUUGGAUAGCUGUUGGAACUCAUAGUGCUGAUGCUACCGGCACUGCCCCUGUUGCUGCCGUCACUGCUGUUGCGGGCUGCAGCUAGCUGUAAUGUGCUGCGAGGUGUCGGUUUGGCCGGUGUACAGUUGGUCUUGGCACUUCUCUCCUGUCUUUUACUAACACUAUCGCUCAGUGCAGUGGUUGUGCUGAUGGCAUCAUCACGGAUGCAUUGUAA